GGCCAAUUUUCCCCGCACCGCGUCCUGUAAUCUCUCAAAUCCUAUGAAAUUUUGUUUAAACAAACGCACUAACGUCGUUGUUUCCCUCUUCCCUUCCUCCCCCUUUAAAAUCGAGCUUUUUCCCGAGAACCAAACAGAAAAUCUCUCCAUUUUCUCUGAUUUUCCCUCCCUCAUUCUUACUUUCACCCAACUGGGUUUCCCCUGUUUUGCACUCUGCCUACCUUGAUUGAUUGCUUCCACUUUAUUGUCAAUUCCUAAGUCCCAUGUGGAACCCCUUUUGAUUCUUCUUCGCCGCCCUUAACCCUUUUUUCGAAUUAGAUUUUGAGGCGUUUUUCAAUUUGGGGUUAUGGCUAUUCCUUAUUACCGCCGAUUUAUUGGGUCGGAGAAAUCCGCCAUGGAAACCGCCAUUGUUGUCCCUUCUUCUACUCCAUCUGGCCUUUUGGCACCCCCAUUGUCAUCUGGGAUUCUAACACAAGACGAAUUGAAGAAGAUUGCUGCGUAUAAGGCCGUCGAGUAUGUCGAAUCCGGCAUGGUCCUGGGCCUUGGCACCGGUUCCACAGCUAAGCACGCCGUUGAUCGAAUCGGCGAGCUAUUGCGCCUAGGGAAGCUUAAGAACAUUAUAGGAAUUCCCACUUCCAAAAAAACUCAUGAGCAAGCCGUCUCGUUGGGAAUCCCUCUCUCAGACCUAGAUUCGCACCCUGUUCUUGAUCUCGCAAUCGACGGCGCCGAUGAGGUCGAUCCCCAUCUCAAUCUGGUAAAGGGCCGUGGGGGCUCUCUUCUGAGAGAGAAAAUGGUGGAGGGUGCUUGCAAGAAGUUCGUUGUGAUUGUUGAUGAGUCGAAAUUGGUUAAGUAUUUGGGAGGCAGUGGGUUAGCCAUGCCGGUGGAGAUUGUGCCCUUUUGUUGGAACUUCACCGCCGCGCGGCUGCAGAAGCUGUUUGAAGGCUCUGGUUGUGUUGCAAAGCUCAGAACCUCAGGUGAAAGUGGAGAACCAUUUGUUACUGACAAUGGCAAUUACAUUGUGGACUUGUAUUUCAAGGAAGAUAUUGGAGAUUUGAACAUUGCUAGUGAUGAGAUUUUGCGUCUUGCGGGUGUUGUUGAGCAUGGAAUGUUUCUUGGGAUGGCUACAACUUUGAUUGUUGCAGGGGAACUUGGAAUUACCAUCAAGAAUAAGUAGCAAGUAUCAGAAAGCAAGCUAGAGAUUGUUUUAAUGGCUCCUCAAAUGGGUAUACCCUGCUAUUACUUUUUGUAUUUUUUGGUUUCUGAAACCAUAUUAUCCUUAGGUGACCUUGAUUAGCUAUUGUUGUAAUAGAGAAGAGUUAUUGGUUCCUUAGAACCAAUUAGAUACGAUUUUAGGAAUUGGCCUCAUGAACAACUUACUAAGAUGAGUUAUAACUAUAAGUUAGCUUUUUUGAAUGAGCAAUCUCUCUUAUCGUUCGGAUUCCAGUUUA